GGUAACCCCUGUUUUAAUGUGCCGGCCGGGUGAGACUGUCAUGGGCUCCUGAGAAAGCUGCUGCAGCUGUGGAGUUGCGUUGUAGUUGAAAGGAGUGAAUUGAGGACUGAAAGGAGUUUAAAAAUCUGCAGUGCGCCACGCUUUGUUCACAGCUUCAGAUAUGGGGUGGACGGUUUUUCUUUUAGCAAGAAGUUGCAUAUCAUCAUGGAGGCCUGAAACUGGGUUUCUUCGUCAUACAGUAUGCCGGACCUACUUACGACAGCUGUCUGUAGGUUCUGUAGAACAAAACUGUCCACCUUCCACCCAGAAACGUUCUUCAAUAAGAAUUGGUUGUGCGUCUGGCUUCUGGGGUGACACUGCAGCUUCAGUUCCACAGCUUGUAUAUGAUGGAAAGUUAGAUUUCUUAGUUUUUGACUACCUCUCAGAAAUCACCAUGUCUCUCCUGACAGCAGUAAAAGCCAAGUCUCCUAGCCUUGGAUAUACACCAGACUUCAUACACACGGCUAUGGCCCCAUAUCUGAAAGACCUUCAUAAGUCAGGUAUUCGUGUAGUCAGUAAUGCUGGAGGUACAAACCCUCAGGCAUGUGCUGCUGCUUUGCAUGAUAUUGUGAAGAAAAAUGGUCUAGAUCUGAAAAUUGCUGUUGUGACUGGAGAUGACUUGAUGGAGCAGAAAGAUGCAUUUAAAGAAGCUGGGAUCACUGAUAUGGACAGCGGGAAGCCCUUUCCUGACCAUGUCCAAAGCAUGAAUGCGUACUUAGGGGCAAGACCGAUUAGCAGGGCCCUGGAUCUUGGAGCUGAUAUUGUUAUCACUGGACGAUGUGUGGACAGCAGCCUUGUUCUGGGACCACUAAUACACUCUUUUGGUUGGAAGAGAAAUGAUUUUGACCUACUUGCUGCUGGAAGCCUUGCAGGUCAUCUUAUUGAAUGUGGUGCACAGUGCACUGGUGGGAUAUACACUGACUGGUAUCUUGUACCUGACUGGCAUAAUAUUGGCUUUCCAAUAGUGGAGUGUACCUCAGAUGGGACGUUUACCAUAUCAAAGCCUCCGGAAACUGGAGGACUUAUCUCUUUUGGCACUGUUGCUGAGCAAUUAGUUUAUGAAAUUAGUGAUCCUGAGCACUAUCUUCUUCCAGAUGUAUCCUGUGAUUUAUCUCAUGUUUUUAUAAGUGAACUUCAAGACGCUGAAGCGGUCUCUGUCCAAGGUGCCCGAGGAGUGCAACCUUCCUCAUUUUAUAAGGUUUGUGCCACAUAUCUUGAUGGAUACAGAGCUACUGCUGUAUGUGCUGUGGCAGGGCCAAGGUCAGCAGAAAAAGGAAGGCGCACAGCAGAGAGCAUUCUGAAAAGAACGCGAGAAAUGUUUACACGGCUUGGUUUGGAGGAUUAUAGUGCCGUGCAUGUGCAGGUUAUUGGCGCUGAAGAUGUCUAUGGGCCACAUACCAGAGGCAAAGAUCUUGUUCGAGAAGCAGUCAUUUGGCUUGGUGUUCAACAUAAGCAGAAAAAAGCUCUAGAAAUCUUUGCAAGGGAGAUUGCACCUGCAGGCACUGGAAUGGCUCCAGGUCUCACUGCUGUUGUUGGUGGACGCCCUCGAGUGUCUCCGGUCCUGAAACCAUUUUUCUUCCUCUAUCCCAGGAAAAAUGUGAAUAUUGACAUUUUUAUGGAUGGAAAACAUAUAGAAGCGUUUGUGGAUGAUCACUCUUUCACUGUGGAUGAAUACAUUUCUGAAGUCGAGCCUGUAACACCUGAGGUGCCUAAAGACUUACCAAGUGGCCCUUAUACAUAUCGUUUAGAGGACCUGGCUUACACUAGAAGUGGCGACAAAGGAAACAUUGCCAACAUAGGUGUUGUGGCUCGUCAUCCCUUGUAUUACCCAUACCUGAAAAGAGCACUUACCUCGCAAGUUGUAGAAGAGUACUUCCAGCACUUACUGCAGAGAGAUCAUCCUGAUGAGCAACUAGUGGCCAGAUAUGAGUUGCCAGGAAUAUAUGGAUUAAAUUUUGUUUUGAAGAAUGCACUAGGCGGUGGAGGCAUUGCAUCAUUGAGGAGUGACCCACAGGGAAAAGCAUUUGGACAAAUGUUACUUGAUCUUGAGAUAAAAAACAUCCCCGAUUUAAAAUCUUUGAUUGAUUAAGCUGAUAAUAGUAUAAUAAACCUGUGCCAAAAUGUUUACUGGAGUUCUAAUAUAGAAAGAGAAAGUAUUUAUACAGAAACCUAUCGAUUG